AUGGAAUCCCCUCAACACAGCAUAAAUACGUUCGAGCGUUGUGAUAUGAAUGGUAACUCAAAAGCAAGUGUCGUGCGCUACGAAAAGCGUCUUGAGGUCACGACUCAUGAUAGAUGCACAACAUACAUCGAUUGGGUGUUCGAUGACGAAAGAGGAAAUGGAAAUGCACAUAUGGCAGAGCCUUCUCUAUUCGAUAUUCGAGAAAUUUUCCACUCGAGAUGGAACUCGCAACUUUCGUUGCUGCCUUUGAUCAUGCUCUCCAGAACGGACUACUCAUCUCUCGAGAUCUGCCAGGCACUUGGACUUCUCAAGGAUGUUACAGACGUCGGUCGAACAAUAUCCGAGGCAGAAUACAUUGACAAUGCAAAUAUGACCGACGAGUCUUGCAUCGCAUAUUGCAGCUCCAAGAAUCUCAAUUAUGCCGGAACAGAGUAUUCUUCAGAAUGUUAUUGUGGUAAUAGUCUUGCAGCUGGAGCUGGACCUGCGCCAGCUUCAGAUUGUAGCAUGACAUGUCCUGGGAAUGUUACCGAGUUUUGCGGUGGUCCUAAUAGGCUAAGUCUGUUCUGGAAUGGAAAGAUCCCGCCUCAAACUAACCCUGGGUCCGGACUCUGGAAGUUCUCUGGAUGCUACACAGAAGGUCAGGGAGGCCGGCUUUUGCCAUAUCAAGUUACACCUACUGGUGGUGCUUCUACCAUGACCGUCGAAUUAUGCACAUCGGCAUGUCAAACAGGGGGUUACUCAUUAGCUGGAGUCGAAUAUGCGGAUGAAUGCUGGUGUGGAAAUCAAUUAUCGAACGGUGGAACUCUUGCACCAGAGGGUAUUAGUGGUUGUGCACAAUUAUGUGCCGGCAACUCGUCUGAAUAUUGUGGUGGCACAAAUAGGCUCGAUGUAUACGACUUCAAUAACACUACUAUUGUGACAGCACCGUCCACUACGAUCACGACAGGAGCAACACCUUCUUCCACGAAUCUUUCAUCAAUUCAACAGACGGUUGGUGUAUAUACCUAUAUUGGAUGCCAGACUGAGGCUACGGGUGCGCGAGCAUUUGCUUCUAAAGCUUCUGAUGCUAACAAUAUGACACUCGAGUUAUGUGAAGCGAGCUGCAUUGGGUAUACGUAUUUUGGAACAGAGUAUGGCCGAGAAUGCUAUUGUGGAAACGUCUUUUCCGCCGGGUCUGUGUCGGCUCCAAAUACAGAUUGUAGCUUUCCCUGUGCAGGAAAUAGCUCCGAAUUCUGCGGUGCUAGUGGGAGAUUGACCGUCUACCAGCUCAAUACCACAUUGAGCUCCACCAACCCUCCACCAGCGCCAAUCUCCUCUGUGACAGAUCUACCUAGUGGAUGGGUUUAUAGUGGCUGCUGGAUCGAUGGAGCACAAGGUCGCAUCCUUAUAUAUCAGCAACCAAACAACCAAAAUCUCACUAUUGAGUCUUGCGUAGCGGCCUGUGUUGGUCUUGGCUACCAAGUCGCGGGCAUGGAGUAUAGCUCUGAAUGUUUUUGUGACAACUUUAUUGAAAACGGAGGAGCUCUUGCCACCUCACCGGCUGACUGUAACAUGCCAUGCAGUGGCAAUUCGAGCGAAACAUGUGGCGCGGGGAAUCGAUUAUCUGUCUACUCUUUGGGCAAAGUGCAAACUUCUCAACCAGCAUCUGUUCAGAACAGAGAUUUACAAGGUGAUUGGAAUUAUCAAGGAUGUCUCAAAGAUAAUGUAGGAGGGAUUAGGACUUUUCCAUAUCAGAUCAUUAGUGCAAAUAAUACCGCAACGAAUUGUCUUUCGCAGUGCCACACAUUUGGAUAUAAUGCAGCCGGCCUUGAGUGUGGCUCUCAGUGCUGCUGUGUUUGUAUACCAUUAAUGACAUCUCAAAUGGUUACGGGCAAAGUGACAUUUGUCGAGAAAUUUGGAACGGGCGAGCCAAACCCAACGGGAGCAUACGAAUUAGAUCUCUCAGCCAUCAACAAUUUUACCCUGGCAUGGAGACCUAUGCAUGUCAAAACCGAUGUGUUUUGCUCUGCGGGGCUCAUCUUGCCAGAUAUUGUGGGAAGACAAAUUGAUGUGGGAGGUUGGUCUGCUGAAUCAACUUAUGGUGUUCCAACUGCACCUGCUUCACCAAGUUUAGAACUACUCCCUCCAACAGGCGCCCCAGUUUUCAAUCUAGAUUUCCUCGCUCGUACAGAUCCCAACAAUCUAUACCCAUUUCUCGCUGUCAUUUCAUCCGGCAUCUUCGUGGCAUAUUAUAAUGAAGCACGAAUUCUCGAUGAAGUCACGUUCGAGACCAUCUGA